AUGGAGAUUGACGGUACACAUCCGGUCAAGGCCAACAUAUCGCAGUUUUUAAAGCCAGAGAGUCCACCAAAGUACUUUGGAAUCGACAUUGACGGGACUUUCUACACCAAGAGUGCGACAGGGCUCGAGAAGAACAUUGAAGCUUUCGCAGAAGCCACAAAGAAGGGUUUUGUUCCGUUCUUUUGUACGGGAAGAUCCAUUGAAUCGUCAUUAGCUGUAAUUGGCUCCGGUUUUUCAGAAAGGACGGGGUACAAGGGCUAUCCAGGUGUUUACAAUAAUGGUUCGCUAGUUUACGAUGAAUGUGGAAGAAUAGCACAUUCCGAAGGAUUUACCAGAGAGUUUUUAGAAAAGUUUGGUAGAUUCCUUAUUGAAAAGGGGCUGGCUCCAAAUGUAGUAUUUUACACGGAGCAUGGUGCAUGUUCGCUUUCUCCCCUCUAUGAAAGGCUAAUGAAAUUUUCAGUAAUGCGCAAACUUCCAAUUCCACAAGUGGUAACACUUGAAGGACUCUUGCAGGAGAAUAUUCUGAUAAUCAAGUACGCGGAAUUUGACAUGAAACUUUCUGGUCUCCACGAAGACGUAGAUUAUGCAAGGACAAUAACUCUUUCAAAUUGGCUAUAUACCAUAAAUCCUGCCGGUGUAAAUAAAUCUAUAGGUCUGAAGAAGCUCAUGGAACACUAUGGCCUCUCGUCAAAAGAUUGUGGAUUUAUUGGUGAUGGAGAUAAUGAUACAGAAGCUAUGGAGUUUUGUGACCAUUCAUUUUGUGUUGAUGAUACACCAGAUUAUGUCAAGAGGCAUGCCAAGUGGGUCUUGGACAAAGGUCAUGAUGAGGGAGCUGUAUCUCAAGCACUGGAACUCAUAUACGGACCAUUUUCUCAAUAG